ACGGAUAUGGACCCUCUAGUGGCAUCGGCCUACAAGAAUUUCACUUCUAGCCCGCUCUGCCGACUCCCCGACGAACUGCUGCUGGAGAUCAUGAAAUCUCUCGAUCCAGUGGAGCUUUGUUGCUUGCGACGAGUUUCACGCAUUUUCUUACGCUUAUUCGGCUCAUGGGAAUUCCGAUCACACCAGCUUGACAAGCUCGGUCCAUGGGUUAGGGAGGGGGCUUUGGCGGCCGAUCAACAUAAACGACUACGCCGUCUUCUCCGACGAGAUAAACAGGGGAGGUACUGUUCUGCUUGCCUACGAAGACGCUGGUUUAGAGACAAAGACCGGAUAUUCGAAUACCUGGUGGGCCACCAACUCUACUGCUCUGGCUGCAAAACAAAACAUGCAGCUGGGUUGUUCUCAGGCUCCCAGAGAAACCUGACCGAAGACAAUACCCGCCUCUGUAUUGCCCAACAGGGUCAUCUCCGUGUCUGUCGGCACAGGGUAAUCCGCUGGACAGAUAUCCAGAGAUGGGUCGCGCAAACCAGCGAAACUUCCCCCAAGCCCUAUACCGAAACUCUUUGCCAGGAGCGCAGCCAUCUCUACUGCUGUCGAAAAAGAGAUGAUACGCCAUUACGGCCCGAUGGGAUUCAGCUAUGCGUUACAAGAUUGAGUACUUUGACACAACUCCACCUAACCUGGUACGCUCAUACCCCUUCACCACGCGGGAGGAAAUCACGGCCGCUGCCUUCGGCCAAUGACCUGCGCCAGACUUGGGAGUGCCUUCAAGUGGACGGAGGAAAACUUAUCCCCCUGGAUACGUAUAUGGCCUGCUUCGACCCAAACGUCUGUUCUUGUCUGCUUUACGAUGGCCAGCAUAAGGCCAGGUGGCGAUUGGCGCCCCCUCCCUUCCUCAGCUGCAGGGCUCGUUCGGACCGCAGAUCUUUGUUCUCUGGGUCUGGUCCUGUCGCUCUCCACACAGCCUCAUCCGGCCUGAGGAGCGGUCCCGUUCGAAGAGGAAGUGUGUUCCUGUCGAUUAAGCAAUGUCCAAAUUACCCAAAAGGCAAAGAGAUGUGCAUCUACCACGACUACCACCUUGUGCUAAGGGGCGUGGAUAGCAAGAGGCCCUGGAGAGUGGAUCCAGCGUGGUACAGGAUGGUUGACCCGGAGUCAUAUGGCUUGGAAAGGGACGACUACAGCCUUCAUCUACUAUGGUGCCUAGAUGAGGACUGCAGGAAUUACCAUGGGCGAACCGAUGUCGAUCGAUUCCGGGAUUUUUUCAAGGGUGGCAUCUAG